AUGUGGCUGUCACUGGGAGGAGCGCCCUCCCGUGAUGUUCUCCUGGUCUCAGCCAUCAUCACCAUCAGCCUUAGUGUCACCAUCGUCCUGUGUGGGAUCUGUCAGUGGUGCCAGCGCAAACUGGGUAAACGUUACAAGAACUCCCUGGAGACGGUGGGGACCCCAGACUCCAGCCGAGGCCGAAGUGAGAAGAAAACCAUCAAUGAUCUAGACAGAGACUUUUGGAAUAACAAUGACAACACAGUGCAGCAGAAAUGGAGUUCCUACCCUCCCAAGGAGUUUAUACUAAACAUUUCACCUUACGCCCCAUACGGUGAUCCACGGCUUUCCCUCAAUGGCUCCCUGCUGUCCGGCGCUAAGUUGGCUGCCUCUGCCACGGCGGGGUUGGCGGGGGAGCGAGAAGGACGCCUGGGGGAGAAGCAGCAGCUCCGAGAGGACGGCAUGAAGAGCAGCCUGUCUGCCCACAGCGACCCCAGCAAUGGGAAGGCGGGGAAAGGCCGAUGGCACACGGUGCAGAGCCACCUAGCAGCAGGGAAGCUCAGCCUAUCCAAUUUUGAGGACUCCACCAUGUCCACAGCCACUACCCUUGAGUAUAUCCCCACCUCAGCAGGAGACCCAAAAUGCCAGCGCCCCCGCACCCUGAUGCGCCAGCAGAGCCUCCAGCAGCCUCUCAGCCAGCACCAGAAAGCCAACCACAACCAGCCCACUACCAGCCAGAGCCUGGGCCACCUCCAGUCCCACACCAGCUCCUCUUCCAGCGCCGGCAACGCCCGGGGCUACCGGAGCGGCCAGUCGCGCCAGGGCACCUCGGCUGGCUUCAAGCACCGCACGGCUGGGGGCCGGAGCCGCUCAAACCCAGGGAGCUGGGACCAUGUAGUGGGGCAGAUUCGCAACCGAGGCUUGGACAUGAAGUCCUUCCUGGAAGGCCGGAUGGUGGUGUUAUCUCUGGUUUUGGGACUCUCGGAACAGGACGACUUUGCCAAUAUACCAGAUCUGCAAACCACGGGGAACCAGCAGAACCAGAACACUCAGGGGGACAAGAGGUUACCACCCACUGGCAAGACAGCAAAUGCAGCUCCCGCACCUGGGCAGACACAGCAUGAUGAGUCUGACCGCAAAACAGAGCCUCGUUCCUCCGUCUCAGACCUGGUGAACUCCCUGACCAGCGAGAUGCUAAUGCUCUCCCCAGGCUCUGAGGACGAUGAAGGGCAUGAAGGUGCCAGCAGGGAGAACCUGGGCCGUAUCCAGUUCAGUGUCGGCUACAACUUCCAGGAAUCCACCCUCACUGUCAAGAUCAUAAAGGCUCAGGAGCUGCCGGCCAAGGACUUCAGUGGCACGAGUGACCCUUUUGUCAAGAUCUACCUGCUCCCUGACAAAAAGCACAAGCUAGAGACCAAGGUGAAGCGGAAGAACCUGAACCCACACUGGAACGAGACCUUCCUCUUUGAAGGCUUUCCAUACGAAAAGGUGGUGCAGCGGGUGCUGUAUCUCCAGGUGCUGGACUAUGAUCGCUUCAGUCGUAACGACCCCAUUGGGGAAGUGUCUGUUCCUCUCAACAAAAUAGACCUGACCCAGAUGCAGACAUUCUGGAAGGAUCUGAAACCCUGCAGUGACGGGAGUGGAAGCCGAGGAGAACUCCUCCUGUCCCUUUGUUACAACCCUUCUGCUAAUUCCAUUGUCGUGAAUAUCAUCAAAGCACGGAAUCUUAAAGCCAUGGACAUUGGAGGCACCUCAGACCCUUACGUGAAGGUGUGGCUGAUGCACAAGGACAAAAGGGUGGAAAAGAAGAAGACUGUGGUAAUGAAGCGGUGCCUGAACCCCGUCUUCAAUGAGUCCUUCAUCUUUGACAUCCCCACUGAGAGGCUGCGAGAGACAACCAUUGUCAUCACUGUCAUGGACAAGGACAAGCUGAGCCGCAAUGAUGUCAUUGGCAAGAUUUACCUGUCCUGGAAAAGUGGCCCUGGUGAGGUGAAGCACUGGAAGGACAUGAUUGCCCAUCCCCGGCAGGCCGUGGCACAGUGGCACCAACUGAAGGCCUGAGUGGCAGCGGCCAAGGACUCUGUCUGGGUUCCACCGCUCCGAGUCAACGUUUAUUGGCCAUGCUCUCACCACUUUAUGCACAACCAAGGUGCCCAGGCCUCCCUCAUGGGGAAGAGCUCGGGCCUGAUGAGGAGCCAAGGGACUGAAGCUGGCGACGUUUCCAAACUCUGGGAAGCGGCGUUGGCGCCCGCCACGCCCCAUGGGCACAUAGCCCCACCGGGAGCAUCUUUACUGCCCAACUUCCUGCUUUAGCCUUUCCUUUUGACUCGUAACGUGAAGAGAGAGUGAGAAAGAGAGAGAAGAGACCCCCAAGCAGCCCUUUCAGAGGGCAGGAGCCUGGGUGCUGGUUUGUUUUAGCUCAUGGAGGCAGGGAGGGGCAGAGAAGUGGCAUUGGCGCGUCUGGCUCCAUGAGGCGGCAAGAGGAAGAGACCUCCAACAAGUUCUUCCAGCCAAACACCUGUUGGGAGUGCUCCCCUGCUCCAUUGCGAGAAAGCCGGUGCCCCCUCAGCCUGUGGAGGUGGGCUAGUGACCUCCAUCUCCUUGAGGUCAUUUCUUUUUAAUUCAAUAAAACUUGUAAGAGUAAUAAGAAUAAUAUAAGUAAUAGCGGCUAGAGCCUUCGUCCCGGCCGGGGGCGGGGGAGGAGCUGCACUGCUCCAAUGGCCUCCUGUGCAUUUGCUGUGUCCUUGUAAGCGUGUUGUAAGUGUCACACGUGUGUGUGCAGGUUGCUCACAUCUCACUCUUUCUCUCUCUCUCUUUCUCUCUCUCUACCCCCACCCUGACCUGCGAGGUGAUCCCAGAUCGUGUUGGAAGGCAGUGGUUUCACUGCAGAUGUCUUUUUUCCCUUCAACUGGCCGGUGGGUGAGGCUGAAUGGAGAACUGAUGCCACAGGGGAAAGAGAGAGCGGGGUUGGUCUCUGCCACCAUCAGCCCCAUCAGUGCUCAGCAGGGAGAGAGAGAGGGAGCUGCAGUCUCCUCCAGCCACUCAGUGGCACGUGGGAUUGGAAGCCAUGACACACAGGUUGUUAGCCAAAGUGGACUCAUUUUUAGGGCUAGUGAAAGCUUAACUUUAGUCGCCCCCUUCUCUGGUUGACGAGAUGUGAAAGGAAAGUGCCCAGCUCUCCAGCACCACCUGAGAAAAGUUCAUCCCCUCCUGUUCCUCCACCCAGCUACCAGACAACCCAACCCCAAACAGUCCAAUCCCCAGUGUCUAAACCAACCCUGCUGCCCACCCAGCUACCAACCCUGCCUUCACUCCAGUGCAAGGUGCCCACCGCCCUGCCAGAACUGAGCUGCCCCUCCAAAGCCCCUUUGCCCACCUCCAAAGUCCCUCUUAGUUCCCAACCAGCACCUACAGCCCCCUCCACUCAAGCAAAAAUUAAGGAUGCUGCGUGCAAUGGGGCAACUUCUUCUCCCUGUGUAGGAGCUAGGUUUGGCCACCCUUCUAAAUCAGGUCAUGGCACCCCAGCAGGACAAUUAGAUGUGAACUGGGAGUGCCAUGGUGGGGCUGAAGUAGCAAGAGCCUACUUAUAGAAUCACUGUUCGGGACACCUCCCCAUAGAGAUCCAUUCAGCCUAAGCAUCACCCAGACCCUCCAUACCCACUGGGGAGGCAGUUCAGCACCAGGAACCACCUGCAGAAUUGCCAGGGAACAAAAACAAGAAGCAGUUUCUGAGCCUGGGCAUGGACAAGACAGGGAUGGUGCUCUGAGAGCAGAAAGACAGGGAUGCUGCCAAAACAGCAGCCAGGCCAAUACCUGUCAAGCCAGGAGAUGACCAGCCUUUCUGGUUUUACCCUGCCCUGUGAUCAGGAGUUGAGCCUGAGCACAAGCAUUCCAGAGAUGCUGCUACACUACUGUCUGCAGCACCCAGUGCUGGAAGAUGCUGGCUCUAGCCUUACUGUUGAAUGCUCCGCAGCCAAGGCUGCUGCCUCCUCUCCUCCAGCAUGUUGUGCUAGGGUUGUUUGGCAUGUGCUGAGGCCCACUGCCCCUGCAGCAUCCCUUGCCAACCCCUAUAUGUUGCCCACCCUUGGCACUAAGUCCACAAACACCUCCCUGACUAACAGGCCCCUCCCAGUCCCUGUGGAGCUGCAGUCAGUCACAGGAUGCCCCUUCCAGCUCCAGGGGGUGGACAUCCCCCGCUAUACAGCUAGCCAGGCUGUUGCUCAUCCUAUCUGCUGUCCAGGGUGAAGGUGAUGCUUGGCACUAGGAGCUACUGAGCAACCAGUGACAGUUGUGCUAGGCAAGUAACACUUGAUUGAAUGCCAGGGGCCAGUCUCCAAGAGCUGGCUCUGGAUUUGUUGGGCAGUGAUAAAACCAGAGGUUAUUGCAUGUCUGCCAAGUGCCCACCAGAUGGCGCCCUUGUACCAUAGUCAGAUCUGCACUGGGGCACUGCAGCAAGCCAUCCUGAAUGGGACAGGAUUUAAAUUUUUCUUUAAUGAGAUUUCAAGUCCAUCCCGUCUGGCAAGAAGGGUUGCUGGCCAGGCUUAGCCAGGCAGUGUCCCAGAGCCUGCCACCUUGCCAGCUGCCCUCAGAUCUGAACAGGGAGCUGCACACUGAAUUCCCACCUGGGCAGACACAGCUCAGUUCCUCAGACUGUGUGAAAGGCAGGAGACCAAGCAGUAUCAACCUGGCCUUUGCUUGCCCUCUGGCCAACUCUUGCUCCUGCUCAAUGGGUGUGACAUCGGUUAUGGGAUCCUGCAGCCCUGGCUCAUGGAAGGAAGGGAGGCCCUUAAGAGAGAAACCCAGAGGGAAGAGAGAUCCAGGGGAGAAGAGAGAAAGCCCUUGCAAGGAGAGGCCCAGGGCCCUGAAUGGGUGGGCUGCAUGGUGCCCUGGCAACAAAGACAGGAUUCAUAAGGAACAGAGUCCGGGGGGGGGGGCAUUGCCAUUGAUAUGUAGGGAUAUAGGAGCCAGGGGUGAGAACCUGGGGGUGUGGGGGAGAGGUCAGGGUUGUGCAGUGGAGUGAUAACUGGGAGUAAAAGUGCCCAGUGGGGCACUGGGGCUGAUAGGUAGGGGCAGAGGUCUUGGGGUAAGCAUUGGGGCUGUCAGGUGGGGUAGCAGGCCUGGGGGAGUGCACUGAGGUUGAUUAGUGGGGCCAGCGGGUGUGGGGAGGGGCUCGUAGGCUGAUCUGUGGAGUUGUGCCUGGCUGGCUGCUGGGGGAAUGAGUGGAGGGGUGAGAUGAGUUAUGGGGUGCCCAGGUGCUUGGGGUAGAUAAAUGUUUGAGCUGCUAUGUGCCAAGUAUGACCAGAGUACUAGUCAGUAGUGUCUCUUCCCCUUUCUCCAUUGCUGCUCCCCACCCCUGCUGCCGCCCCAUGCUGGCCAGAUUCCAGCGGGAACUUCAGGAGCUGAACAGCCCUUGGCCUCAUGGCCUGGGAGGACUGUGGAGGGAUGCUUAUAGCAACCAGUGCCUCACACUGGCUGGGAUCUCAGUGGAGUUGCCAGGUGAGGGGGAGCUUCCUCAGCCCUGCCUUUAGCAAAGUCCAGUCUGCCCCAUGACAGCCUCAGCACAGUCUGGCCUGGCCAGGGGGUGAGAAUCAUGCAGGUGUGUUUCCCUGCAUGACUGCAGCACCUAUUCAGUUUCCUGGUGAAGCUUUAUAACCUCUUAUGGCUGGGGAGAUCAAGGCAAGAGGGGACACUGGGUCCAUCCAUGGUGGAGAUCAUCAAUGCCAGUUUCCUUCUAGUUCCACCCUUGCUUCAGGCUUCAAGUCUUGACAUUGUUAUUCUCAAGUGGUCUCCAACUGUAUGUGGCAUGGAAAUCACACUAGGUUUGUGGCUUGAUCUCCUAAUGAGGGACAGUGCCAGGUACAUACUGUGCUCCUUUGCAAUCUGGCAGCAACCUCUGGUACUGCAGACCAAGAGGUGCAGUUGAUCACAGCUAGGGCUAAUGCGAUGGCUCUUAUGUGGAGCCUGGCAGUAGGCAAUUGCUUGACUGACCCAAGAGCACAUGCAGGUGGGGCACUGCAAAAUUGCAGUAGGUCACUCCUACUUAAAUUUGUUACAAGAUGGGCCACCGUGGUAUUGUUACACCGUUGACACAGCGUUUUCUGUGACCCGACCAGUAAAGUCCUGUUUGGACGUGCUUUCAGAUCAUUAGUCUUCCCUGAAAUCUCAGACCUCGCUGGUAGCCUAACACAUCUGUUAUUCUUCUGCCUGUGGUAAGACAAUUGGGGCUAUCUUAAUUGGACUUGGACAGGUUUUCUAGCAUUUAUAGUCUCCAGACUGGGCUAGUGCAGUGCCAUUUCUAUUGAAGAUCAUCUGGACACUACAGCUGGGGUGAAUAUGGCUGCUUGCUUAAUUAGCUAGGUUGGGCCCAAUAAGAACAUCACACUUGUUCUUCCAGAUUCCUAUGAGCCCCUCAGUGUGAUUCAGGGUGUUGACACUGAUCUUUAACUCCCAACCUGGCCUAGACCUUGGCUCCCUGCCAGAACCAAGAACAUUUCCUUGUGCACCAUUAUGUCACUCCCAGGUCGCUCGUGAGCUGAGAACAUCUUGCUUAGGAUAAAGGGCAUUCUCAAUGGAGGGCACUCAGAAUUCACUUCCCUUUCCAUCAGCCCAGCAGAAACCAGGGCAUUUCACCCUUUGGGCUUGAUGCACGAACCAUCUACUCUCUCAGGCCCUUCCUGAGUGGGGGUGGCUCUUAAGUGAUGUACAGUAGUUAGUCUAUUUUUAGGGAGUAAGAGUCUUCUAUUCUGUUGAUGUAGUUGCUGUGUGAUGGUAUUUUUUUCUAAACAAUGUACAGGCGCCUAGUAACAUUUGUGAUAGGCACGUUUUUACCGGUGUAACAAUAAAUAGUUGGGAAGGCUGGGAGAAGGCUCCAGAGUAAUGUGGGGGAGAGAUCUCAUUGGAAGGGUCGAUGGGUUUUGCGUUCUUUCUUGUUCCCCCAUGUUGUGGCAUCACUUCUUCUCAGCUGAGCCAUUUCUUCAAAGCCUAGAGGAAGUUUUGAUAGAUUUAUUUAUUGGGGGGGGGGGGGGGGGGGGAAGGAAGAAAAACCAUUACCAAGAGAGAAAGAGAUGGGGAGAAGCCAUUUAGCCAUCUGACCCAUUAGGUGAAAUAGUUACUGACUUAUUAAAGAAAUUAAAACCAAAACUGUAUUGACAGGGGCAGGGCAACCGCGUCUUUUUAUUUUUUGUGCUCUGCCCCUCAAGCUCUCAGCCAAUCAGAUGCAAGGAAACUUUCUAGAGGGAUUCUUUUUUGGAAAGGGGGACUUUCAUGUCAAACAAACUUGAAAAUACAUAACUUCCUGUCUCAGUAUUUGGUGUGAUCUGUGGUUAAGCAAGACAUUUUUUUUUUUUCCUUUCAGUCUUUUUUUUUUUUGCCUCUCCCUGAGCCUUCAGGAGAGUCAGAGCUAGAGCUAGUCAAACUAUGUUAUGAGUAAUUUUUGUUGUAAAGUUAGCUGCUUCUUAGAGUUAGCCAAUUGUUCAUGAACUACAUCCUCAUAGCUUCUGAAGUAUAUGUUGCUCGUAAGGAUUCACCAUCGCUUGGAUAAUUAGCAGACUGCCUCAACUCCUCUCUGUUAUUCGGUGUGUGUAAUUGGUCACCUAAAUCGCAUGAUAACUGUUUCUGCUUCACUGAUUGAAUGACCAAAACACUUUCAAGAGAAGAAAAAAAUGAAUAAAUAAACUUCCUUGGAUGUAUUUCUGCACCACGCUGUGCUAAAAUUGGCCUUUGACCAAACACAAAUUAUGGGUAAUACAACACCAUGAAUCAGAGUGAGCUGAAUUGGUCUCUUUUAGUCCCAAAAAUAUCCAAGAAUCAGGGUUUGUUUUUUCCAGUUCUACCAGCUCCAGUCAUAACUCUGCCUCUGUGGCAUCACUGGCUGAACUCAUGCUUACAGUUGUGAUGCCGCAAGGUUGCUUUCACUGGACAGCGGAAAAAGCAAAGGUGCAGGCUUCUUAUUCAAGUCUCAAAGAGCCCUCACAAUUAGGUCUAGGAAAAGCCACAGGACUCUCCACUAUGAAUGAGAGACAGGCAUGGAAAUUCAGGUCCCUAUUCCACUCAGACACUUAAGCUCAUGCGUAGCUCUCAGCGUGUGUGUAAAUUCAUGGGGAAAAAGUGCAUAUGCUUAAAAGCUGGUUUGGCACCACAGUAGAAAUAACAGUCACAAAUUACGGAGGUAUUCUGGGUCCAAAAUAACCUUUAUUGUCCCCAUUUUCGUGCAAGGAACUUGUUUGGGAUGUGAUAGCAAAGGCCAGUUUUGCCCAGAGCCACAGUCACAUCACAGCCAGCCUAAGCCCAACCAGUUGACUUUGGGAGUUAAAGUCAUCAUCUGUGGAGGAAUGAAAGUGAGAUCAACGCUGUGGGCUGUGUGUCUUCUGAGAGUCACUGCUCAACUCUGGUCUGAACUAUGACUCUGCAGCUCCCAAGAGUCUCAGUCAAACUGAUUCAUCUCUUCCCAGCACACCAGCCAACCCAGCCCGUGCAGUCGGGAUGAGGAACCGAGACUCCUGAAUUCUAUUUCCACUUCCACCGUGGAUUCACUGGAUGACACUGAGCAAGUCACUGCACUCAGAUACGACGCCGUUUCUUCCUCUGUAAAAUGGGGAUAACAACACUUAUGAUGUAGGGCUGGACUCAUGAAAUACAGAGAGAUACUUUACAGCGAAGGGCCAGGUAUAAUCCAUGCCACUGAAAUCACGACAUCUGUUCUUCCCGUGUCAGCCAUGUGAAAAACAUCAGCUAAUGCCCCAGGAAGAUGUAACACUAUGAAAGCAAUCUGAUUAUGCAUCAAACCGAAGUUUUGCCUGUGAUUGAACGUCCCUCUUCAAAGUGCUGGACAAUCUUGACAGAAGUAAUAAUAAUAAUUUUAAGAAUAUUUGUAUUUUUAUCAUAUUCUCUCUUUUUUUAUAUAAAAGAAAGAGAUUUAUAAACCUGGUGGAGGAGGGGAAGACAAGCUGAAUUGCUUUAAUCUGGACUGGCAAUGGCAAUGGUGGCUUUCACUGGCUCAUGACAGGUUGGGUAGUGGCAUAGAGGGCACAAUAUUUGCUGUUCAUUUAAUCAGGCAGUAGGAGUCUUAUGGUUAGAACAGAGGGGAGUAGGAGCCAGGAUUCCCAGGAUCUAUUCUUGGCUCUGCCACUGACUUGCUGCAUGACUUUGGGCAAGUCACUGAACCUUUCUGUGCCUCAGUUUCCCCACUUGUAAAAAUGGGGAUAAUAAUUCUUCCCUACCUCACAGGGAGGGUUGUGAGGCAAAUCUGAUCAGCCCCAGACUCUGAUCCCCUUACUCAUGCUGAGUAGCCGCAGGAAGUCCCAUUGAUGUCCACGGCAUUUUUAUGGGGUGAGGUGCUUAUUCCACACAAGCUAGAGAAUCGGAAUCUGGCCCCACAUCCCGGCAAAGCCUUUGGAGAUCCUUCAAUGAAAGACUCUGUAGACCUGCAAAACACCACUUUUGACCGAAAGGCCUCCUCACCCACAUUCCCUGUGGGUUAUCAGCUGGGGAUAACUGCCCUGCCCUUCCUCCCCCAGGAGUGGUUUCUUUUGUAUGAUUGGAUUUAUGGGAGUUGUGUGUUCAUUUUUAAUUCUAGAGCUCUUAGCUGUAUCUUGUUCAGGUAUCUCUUCUUCAUGUGAUGAUAACCAUCUAACUGGUAUAGAAAAUACAGGAAAAAAGAAAAAAAAAGACUAAACCGUAGACGACUUAUUUGCUAGCAGCAGUGACAGCAGCUUGACUAGAUCCUGCUGCCACCUCAUUUCUGUCGUGUUUGGUUUUAAAAGAUGUUAAAUUCAUUGGGCUGACGUAUUUUAUAAUAAAACAAAUGGAGAAAACACACACACACACACAAAUAAAAGGAGGAAAAUUAACACUGCUAUUAAAUAAAAAGCCAAUGUGAUUUCAUCAUCUCGGAUGUCUACGAGGUAGGAGCGAUUUCUUUGCAGAAUCAUAUUUUUGGAGAACUGGUCCCUCAAUUUGUGGAGGAGGCCCCUGUUCUGAAUAAUAAAGGAUAGUAAA